AUGAAUUCCAAAGUAGCAAACCCUGCUCGACAUCAACGUCGUGCCGACGGCAUUGUCGAUCUUCUCGUCGUGCAUGUGUUGGGCAGCGCUCCAUUCGUCAGCAUCGGCCACUCCGUCUCGACUAGCGAUCUCGUCCCAAGAAAACCGCCCACCAAUGUCCCGGGUGCAUCCUCAUCCUCAUCCUCAUUAUACUCAUCAUCCUCAUCACAACACACUGCCGCACUUGUCGCCCUUCGAACGAAAAGGACAAGGGUCAUCGUCAUCGAUCCGGGUUUUCAAGACGUGAGAUUAGCAAUCCUCGCAGAUGAAUGUGACGUGUUAUUGUCGACCUAUCUUCUAGAUCGGGCUGAGCCGGCACCUCUCGCGCCAUAUGCCUGCCUGCCUCCUCAUACAGACAGCCACCACCACUUCAAUACGAAUGAAUAUACCAACCAGCACCAGCACGGCGGACCAACGACGACGAACAAUUGA